AUGGAGGAAGCCUCACAGCUGUUGGUCCAGGUGCGAGAUGACCGGCUGACCAUCGUAGCUCACCGUGAACAGGACGUGACUCUUCCAUGUCAGACUCGCAGCGGCGCUGCCAUCAUAGCGGCGGAGUGGAGCAGACCCGACCAGGAGUCCCACUACGUUUUCUUUUACAGGGACGACCAGGCAGAUAAGACGCACCAGCAUCCGUCUUUCGAGAACCGCGUGGAGCUGGCGGACGGGCGGAUGAAGGACGGUAACCUGUCUUUGAUUCUGAGGGACGUGAGACGCAGCGACCACGGGACGUACGAGUGCCGGGUGAAACAGGAAACCGCGGCGCGCAGGAAGCGGGCGUUUAUCAGCGCCGAACCCAUCAGCAUCGUCGACCUGAGAGUCACUGAAUCACAUCAUGUGAUGAUUGUUCAGAUGACUCGACAGCCACAAGUGAAGCUUGUGAACACGCUGAGAAAAUAAACGGAUCAAGGUCACAUGUUG